AUGCAGGACGCAAUGGCCCUCUUGCGUUCCGACCUUUUUACCUCUCCCAACAUGUCCUUGAGCUGGCACCCGCCAACUACCCUAGACCCUUGGGUGCACUGGCCGACACCCGAGCAAACUGGCAACCUCCCGACAGCCCUCGCCAUCGGGGAACCCAGCCGGCACGAGAUAUCGCGCGGGCUGAGGGUCGAGGUGAGUGAUCGCAUUUGUCCCCCAGCAGCCUCCCGAUGCCCUGUCCCCAACGCAAACGACGAGGGGCCCUCUCACCCGCGGGUCUACCGGUCUGUCUCAGCCGGGACCAUGGGGGCGAGGCUGCCGGGCGCGUGUGUAUUACCUGACAUGCCGCAGAGUGCGCGAGACUGUGGGGAUUCAGUCAGGCCCCGGUUCUCGGCCAGCCUCACAUCUGUGAAUGAAAGAAUGUGCGGGCCCCGCGGUUGUGCAUACAAGGGGUCCCGACUGCCUGGACCGCUCGUGCAAGACCAUGUUGUCGUGAGGCUGCAGCAGAAUCACGUCCCGACUUCGCUUUGA